CCCAGCGUGAGUACAAUGGACCCUGGCAAGCCCUGCUCCCGGCCCGGGUCUCCAGCUCUCCACGUCUGCUCCUCAUGCGCUCCCUCUCUCGCUUUUCCCCCCUCCCCACGACCAUUUGCAUCUUGCCGAAAGCCGGGCCCUCCCCACUAAUUUGCAUAUCUUAUAUGGCCUAAUGGUGGCGAUCAUGGCAAGUUAGAAGUUUUCUGACUCCUCUCGGAGGAGACUCCGGGACCCCGGGGAGUAACAGGUGUCUGAAGGGUGGGGGGGGCUCCUGGACUUGGGGUUCGCUUGUGAAACUCCCCUCCACCCUCCUCUCUCGCGCCCACCCCCUCACCCCCUUCUUUCUCUGUCCUUGGAAAAUGGUGUCCAAGCUCACGUCGCUCCAGCAAGAACUCCUGAGCGCCCUGCUGAGCUCCGGGGUCACCAAGGAGGUGCUGGUCCAGGCCUUAGAGGAGUUGCUGCCAUCCCCGAGUUUCGGGGUGAAGCUGGAGACGCUGCCCCUGUCCCCCGGGAGUGGGGCCGACCCGGACACCAAGCCUGUCUUCCAUACUCUCACGAACGGCCACGCCAAGGGCCGCCUGUCUGGGGACGAGGGUUCCGAGGACGGGGACGACUAUGACACCCCUCCCAUCCUCAAGGAGCUGCAGGCGCUCAACACCGAGGAGGCGGCCGAGCAACGGGCGGAGGUGGACCGGAUGCUCAGUGAGGACCCCUGGAGGGCUGCCAAAAUGAUCAAGGGCUACAUGCAGCAACACAACAUCCCCCAGAGGGAAGUGGUCGACGUCACAGGUCUGAACCAGUCACACCUCUCUCAGCAUCUCAACAAGGGCACCCCCAUGAAGACCCAGAAGCGAGCAGCCCUCUACACCUGGUACGUCCGAAAGCAACGGGAGAUCCUCCGACAAUUCAACCAGACAGUCCAGAGUUCUGGAAAUAUGACAGACAAAAGCAGUCAGGAUCAGCUGCUGUUUCUCUUUCCAGAGUUCAGUCAACAGAGCCAGGGGCCUGGGCAGUCCGAUGACGCCUGCUCUGAGCCCCCCAACAAGAAGAUGCGUCGCAACCGGUUCAAAUGGGGGCCCGCAUCCCAGCAAAUCUUGUACCAGGCCUACGACCGGCAAAAGAACCCCAGCAAGGAAGAGAGGGAAGCAUUAGUGGAGGAGUGCAACAGGGCAGAAUGUUUGCAGCGAGGCGUCUCCCCCUCCAAAGCCCACGGCCUGGGCUCCAACCUGGUCACUGAGGUCCGUGUCUACAACUGGUUUGCAAACCGCAGGAAGGAGGAGGCGUUCCGGCAGAAGCUGGCCAUGGAUGCCUACAGCUCCAACCAGACGCACAACCUGAACCCCCUGCUCUCCCACGGCUCUCCCCACCACCAGCCCAGCACCUCUCCUCCAAAUAAGCUGUCAGGAGUCCGCUACAGCCAGCAGGGAAACAAUGAGGUCACUUCCUCCUCAACAAUCAGUCACCAUGGCAACAAUGCCAUGGUGACCAGCCAGUCUGUUUUACAGCAAGUCUCUCCAGCCAGUCUGGACCCUGGCCACAAUCUCCUCUCACCUGAUGGUAAAAUGCAGAUCUCAGUCUCAGGAGGUGGUCUGCCCCCCGUCAGCACCUUGACGAAUAUCCACAGCCUGUCCCACCAUAAUCCCCAGCAAUCUCAAAACCUCAUCAUGACCCCCCUCUCUGGAGUCAUGGCCAUUGCACAAAGCCUCAACACCUCCCAAGCACAGAGCGUCCCUGUCAUCAACAGUGUGGCUGGCAGCCUGGCCGCCCUGCAGCCUGUCCAGUUCUCCCAGCAGCUACACAGCCCUCACCAGCAGCCCCUCAUGCAGCAAAGCCCCGGCAGCCACAUGACUCAGCAGCCCUUCAUGGCGGCCGUGACUCAGCUACAGAACUCCCACAUGCCCUCUCCAAGCCUGGUGAUGACCACACAUCACUUGCUUUGUGCACAGCAACAAGGACCCUAUUUUCCACACCAUCACCCUCCGGGCAGCUGUCACAGAAAAGCCCAGUGACCUGACAAGCACCUUCGAGAGGUCUCUGCUUACCUGACAUCUUGCUGACGCUUCAGACAGCCGCUCCGAGGCGCAGCCCUUCCCUUCUAUGCAGUAUUGUUGCCAUGCCUCUCCCAAGACGUCAAGUACUCCCAUCCCGCCCACAGGCGGGAGACAAGAAACCGCAGAAGAGGAAGAGAGAACGCUGUCGUGCCUGCAUUAUGCUCCUUCAUCGAACAAACUGAUGUGAAAACUUGAAUCUGUUACUGACAGGAGGAGGACACGUGCUGUUGAACUGAGCCAAACACACUGUAAAUAUCUGCAGACUCCCCCCCUCCCCCACCCCUCCCAGCUGAUCUCGAGAUUUCUUUUGAAGAAGUAAAUUUGUCCAAUGGGUGUAAACUAUAACCUACUGUAAUUAAGUGCAAUUUCCCCUCCACUCCCUUUCGCCCCUACCCUGUAUAUAAUACUAAAGUGUCUAUUAGUUUUCUUUGUAAAGGUCAGAGUUGAAUUUUCAAAGUGAUUUGCCCCCUUUUUUUCUCCCCCCACGGAGACGUAUCCUGAGUCGGAAGUGAAGCCUCUGCCCCUUUCCCUCAGGCCUGGACACACACAGGCACUGUACGUUUGGGACUGACCGCCAGCCGACUCCAAUCUCCUGAUGUUAAGACACACCUCUGGAUCCUGGAGGGGCUGAACAUAGUGUCAGACUAACAUCCUAGCUCCCGGUGGGGCUAGGGGUUCAGUCAGGACACCACCCAAGAAACCCCCAAGGCAAGGAAACUGGCUGCUUCAUAGCACAAGAAAAAGUUACCCUUUCGGAAAGCCUCCCAUUAAAACGAUUUAUUUUAUCACCGCC